AUGACGAACAUAGGUUACAAAUGCCAGACCACACCCAGCAAACAAGCUAAAAUAGAAACUUCUCAACAGAAGGCGAAUUCACACGUGGAUGACAGCCUAUACUCCGUUUCUGUUUUGGUGAAAUGGAAUAUAGGCUUGCGCCACAAAAAAGGGCCGCACCAAGAACUGCCGCAACAAAAACUGCCGGACAUAAAAUACCGCACCCAAAACUGCCGUAUCAAAACCUGCCGCCCCAACAACUGCCGCACCAAAACUGCCGCACCAAAAACUACCGCACCAACAACUGCCGCACCCAAAACUACCGCACCGACAAUUUUCGCACCAAAAACUGCCGCACCAAAAACUGCCGCAUCAGAAACUGCCGCACCAAAAACUGCCGCACCAAAAACUGCCGCAUCAGAAACUGCCGCACCAAAAACUGCCGCACCAAAAACUGCCGCAUCAACAACUGCCACACCAACAACAGCCGCACCAAAACUGCCGCACCAAAAAAUGCCGAACCAACAACUGCCGCACCAAAAACUACCACACCAACAACUGCCGCACCAAAAACUGCCGCACCAGAAACUACCGCACCAGAAACAGCCACACCAGAAACAGCCGCACCAGAAACUGCAGCACCACAAACUGCAGCACCAAAAACUGCAACAAGUACUGCAGCACCAAACACUGCAGCACCAAAAAACAGCAGCACCAUUAACUGCAGCACAAAUAACUGCAGGACCCAAAAACUUUGGCACCAAAACCUGCAACAAGAACUGCCGCACCCAAAACUGCCGCACCAGAAACUGCCGCACCAACAACUGCCGCACCAAAAACUGCCGCAUCAACAACUGCCGCACCAACAACAGCCGCACCAAAACCUUCAACAAGAACUGCCGCACCCAAAACUGCCGCACCAAUAACUACCACACCAACAACUGCACCACCAAAAACUGCUGCACCAGAAACUACCGCACCGGAAACAGUCGCACCAGGAACUGCAGCACCAAAAACUGCAGCACCAUUAACUGCAGCACAAAUAAGUGCAGCACCAAAAACUGCAGCACCGAAAACUGCAACAACAAGAACUGCAGCACCAAAAACUGCGCCACAAAAAACUGCAGCACCAAAAACUGCCGCACCGAAAACUGCCGCACCUGA